UGUUUUUUCAAAACAGCCAGCCGCUGAGCACUGCGGUGUUUUCGGAGCGGCGUUUAAUAUCCGAGCAGCACCUUCGCCAGACUCCGGUGAUCCUCGGCGACUGUUUUUCCCUUUUGCCGAUUUUUAUUUUAUUUUUGUAAUAUACAUAUUCGUGGGGGAUUUACUGAGAAAUAUAAUCGCUAAAUGACAGCCUCUCUCGCCCGCUGGGCGGACAGCUGGUGCGGUGAUAACAUGAGGACGGGGGUGGCGGCGGCGAUGCCCUUGACUUCGGGGAGGAUGAGUUAGGGAGGAAAUUUGGGAUCGUUCAACGUCAGUGCAACCGGGGAACAUUGUAACGGUGUGAUCUUCGUCGGCAGGGCUGACAGCGAUGCGACGCUCGCAGCAGCGUCCCGCGUAGAAGAGCCGCCGAGCGGACAUGUCGUGCAUCUGCAGGGAUCUUUGGCCCAGGAGGCCCGAGCAGUUCUCCAGCUCCCGGAUCAGAUGGUGGCAUGACAGAGAUUAAACGGAGCUGGUCCAGCCUGCGCCGCAGAUCAGCAGAAGCUGUGAGUCAACUCUCCCUUUCCUUUUAUUAGGUUUUUUUUUGUCUCCUCUUUUGCUUUAAUUUGUGGGAGUCCAUGUACCCAUUAAUAAUAAGUGUAAUGGGCAGCAGCCCCUGAACUGUGAAUGUAGGUUUGGAACUGGGGCAUUUUUUUUUCUGAGCCUGGAGAAGGAAAGGAAGGUUUGACUGGAAAUAAUGGCCGACCACGAGGAAGCAGAGUUGUCCGAGUCCCUUCGGAAGGAGGACGGGUUCUCCAGCGAGCCCGAGGAGACGGGUACGGAAUUCAAGUCCAAAAGUCUACCUGUUCUGAACGAAGAAGCUCCUCAGGAGGAGACACUGCUGGCCGCCUCCGCCCCCGAAGAGAGCGCAGAGUUCGUCCGGCUCUCGGCCAAGGCCGAGUCCUCCCGGGCGGAGUCCCCCACCGGGGCCACCUACCAGCCCAAGCCGGGGAAGUCGGCGCUGAACCGUCCGAGCUCGUACAUGGCGAACACGGAGACCCGGCGCAGUAAAAACACGGCGAGGAGGAAGCCGCCGGGGUUUUUUGCCUCCCGGCUGGCUCGGAUACGCCUCCCCAGCAGGAAGUACUUGAGCUCCAUCACGCAGGACUCUCGCUGCUUCCUGUUCUGCAUGUGCUACCUGACGUUCAUCCAAUCGCUCAUGGUGUCCGGCUACCUCAGCAGCGUCAUCACCACCAUCGAGAAGAGGUACAGCCUGAGGAGCUCCGAGUCGGGCCUCCUCGUCAGCUGCUUCGACAUCGGCAGCCUCCUGGUGGUCGUCUUCAUCAGCUACUUCGGCGGGCGGGGCCAGAGGCCACGCUGGCUGGCGGUCGGCGGCAUCUUCAUCGCCGUGGGCGCCGCCCUCUUCUCCCUGCCCCACUUCAUCUCACCACCCUACCAGAUCCAGGAGGUCAACUCGUCCUCCGGCAACGAGGGGCUCUGCAUGAACAGCAACGGCAGCGGGCGGGACCGCGUCGACAUCACUUCCUGUCCCAGGGACCAGGAGGGCAACGAGCACAACCUGUACGUGGCGCUGUUCGUGAUCGCUCAGAUCCUGGUGGGCAUGGGGUCCACGCCCAUCUACACGCUGGGACCCACCUACCUGGACGACAACGUCAAGAAGGAGAACGCGUCGCUGUACCUGGCCAUCAUGUAUGUGAUGGGAGCACUGGGUCCAGCAGCAGGUUACCUGCUGGGAGGAGUCCUAAUCGGCUUUUACGUGGACCCCAAGACUGCCGUCACCAUCGAUCAGAGCGACCCCCGCUUCAUCGGAAACUGGUGGAGCGGCUUCCUGCUGUGCGCCGUGGCCAUGCUGCUGGUCAUCUUCCCCAUGUUCACCUUCCCCAAGAAGCUGCCGCCCCGACACAAGAAGAAGAAGAGGAGAAAAAAGGUGAACCUGGACGACAUGUCCGCCGAUGACGACGUCCUGAAGGAGAAGAGCAGCAACGGGAAGAGCCAGGCGGUCACCUCCUCCAUGGGUUUCGGGAAGGACAUCAAAGACAUGCCCAAAGCCGCGGUGAGGAUCCUCAGCAACGUGACCUUCCUGUUCGUCAGCCUGUCCUACACGGCGGAGAGCGCCAUCGUCACGGCUUUCAUCACCUUCAUCCCCAAGUUCAUCGAGUCCCAGUUCGGCAUCCCGGCCUCCAGCGCCAGCAUCUACACCGGUGAGCUCUCAGCAUCGCAGCGUCUUAUGGGCGCACCUGCCUUUUAAGAUGCGUCUGCAGCA